AUGAUGUUGAGGGCAGUAAAUACUCAAGGUGAAAUAAAAACUGGGGAUAUGAUUGCUGAUUUGAUUAUAGAAUGCAUAAAGGAGGUUGGUCAUGAAAAUAUUGUUCAAAUAGUCACCGAUAAUGCUGGGAAUUGUGUGAAAGCUGGUGCAAUUAUUUCAUCCAAGUAUCCUUCUAUCUUCUGGACACCAUGUGUAGUGCAUACCUUGAACCUUGCUGUGAAGAAUAUAUGUGCACCUUCGCUGCAAACAAGAAACAAUGACGAUGUGUAUGAUGCUUGUAAAUGGAUAGGGCCUCUUGCAGAUGAUAUUUCUUUCAUCAAGAACUUCAUAAUGAACCAUGGGAUGAGGUUGGUGAUGUUUACUGAGCAUUGUGAUCUUAAGCUCCUUACAAUUGCUUCAACCAGGUUUGCCUCCACACUUGUGAUGUUUAAGAGAUUUAAGAAAAUAAAGGCUGGUUUGCAACAUAUGGUAAUCAGUAAUAAAUGGGAUGAUUACAAGGAAGAUGAUGUGAGGAAGGCUGCUGCAGUGAAACAGAAGAUUCUAGAUGAGAUGUUUUGGGAUGAGCUUGAUUAUGUUAUAUCUUUUACUGAGCCCAUAUAUAGUAUGAUUAGACGUUCAGACACCGAUAAGCCGUCUCUUCAUUUAGUGUAUGAAUGGUGGGAAGAUAUGAUUCAGAAUGUGAAGAAAGCCAUAUAUAGGAAAGAAAGGAAACAACUACAUGAGGAUUCAAGCUUUUGGAAUGUUGUGCAUAAGGUGUUGAUGUCUCGUUGGAGCAAGAGUAGCACACCUCUUCAUUGUAUGGCGCAUUCAUUAAAUCCCAAGUAUUAUAGUCCGGAAUGGCUAUUAGAAAAUUGCCCGAAAAGCUCCUCAUCAAGAUAUUGA